UACGACAUCCUACCUACUUGUCUCAAAACGAAAAUCAUACACAAACAAAACUUCACGCGAUGCACAACACCUCAGCAACCGGAAUGAAAUCAGCUCUUCUAUCGGGCGCAACAGUUUCCCUUAGCGGUGCUGUCCUAGCUGGAGCAUUCUCUCUCUUUACAGAAGGAGCACACACACCAUCUUUAUACGCAUACCAAAUCGACCGCAUACCGGAAACAUUAGCCAUCAUUCCUUUGGUUGAUGCUGCAAUCGGCACGUUGCUGUUGUUCCGAAAAACAAGAAUAUGGGCGGCGCUCAUCUGUACCUUGGACCAAGGUGGGGGUAUCGUGAAAAGGCUUGCCGAGGGGAAAAGUAUCGAGUCGGAUUUAGGUAUCUUUGCGUUGGCCGCAGGAAUUGCUGUUUUGGCAUGGUUCGUGGAGCAUUGCGCGGAGCAAGUGAACUUCAAGGUCAAUGUGACGAGAGUGGGGUAUAGCAACACUGUUUGA